CUCCUAUUUCCCGAAAAGCUACCUCUUUACCAUUUUUACUUUUUCUAUCUCUUUCUUUCACUCACUCUCUCUCCGUCUUUCUCUGUCUGUUUCUCUCUCUUUUAUACUAUUCCUGUACCUUCCACUCUCGCAGCCUAGUUUGAGUAAAAGCUAAGAAGAAAAAAUGCUGGAGUGUGUUCAGCCUGUGACGGCUUCGGUGAAUCGCCGACAUUACAACAUUGACAACACCAAUGUUACCAGUUCAACACCUUCCGUCGACGAUUGUCUGCAGAAAAACGGAGGAGAGCGCAAGGUGCCCGCCAGAUGUAAACCUGAUCAGCGAAGAGAAGAAAACGCUGACUCGCUUUCCAUCACAAUACCAUUUCAAUCACAGAAGUACAGCUGGGACUGUGGACUGGCCUGUUGUUCUAUGGUACUUCGGUACCUGGGCAAAGAUGACAGCAGCAUCUACAAUAGAGACCUAGAACGGCUACAAUGUGGACAGAGUGUCUGGACAAUCCACCUUGCCUACCUGCUGAAGUACCAUGGGGUGGUCAUGAAAUUCUUCACGGUCACCUUGGGAGCAGAUAAAAAUUAUGCUGAACAGAAAUUCUACCAAAACCACUUUGACAGUGACGAAGCAAAGAUAAAUCAAUUGUUUGAAAGUGCGCACAGAAAUGGGGUCUCAAUAACAAAACAAAAUGUGGACAUUUGACCUGCUUCCGAGACAGCCGCAAUUCUUACCAAGGUCACUUUGUUGUCGUCUGUGGAUACAACAAGAUCAAACAACAAAUCUUCUACAAGAAUCCUGCAUUGAAUCAUG